GCUAACGUGCCGUCGGCUAAGAAGAUCAUAGUUCACGGACCCGACGCCUCUGUCAUCCCAUCCCAGUUCCCCAUCCAUGAAGACACACAGUUCUCGCAGAUUCUGACCGAUAGUCUCGACUUUUUUGGAAUCGACGACUCCAAGCAAAACGAGUACUUUCUCGUCGACUCCAAGACAAACCAAAUGCAUAACUUGAAUGCAUUCGUUCGGGACUUUUAUUUCUUCAAACGUUCACAAUAUCCGCAAAUCUCUUUGGUUCACAUGAAUCCCAACGAUGCCUUCGAUCGCCUCCAGAGACAGGCAUUUACUCUUCAAUUCGUUGAAUUGGGAAAAACAUUGAUGUGUUUAUCGUUAAUUAAGUCCUCAUUCCUCGGCAUUCAAAGAGUACUCUUUCUUCACGAAGAGCUCAUGAAAUUGCCGUCAUUUCCACGCAAAGCAUUGGAGGCCAACUUCAGUCUGUAUUCGGGAGAGACGGGUCAAGAGGUGUUGGGAAUGGACACACUUCACAAGAUUGUUUGGGUCAAACUCGUGGCCCGAAUGUUUGAGGCCACCAAUGGAUUCUUCGCCCAAUCGGCUGACAUUCACCUCUUCCUCAACGUAGUGAACGGUUCGCUAAUACUUCACUGCGAGAACUCAUCGAUGUUGAGACUAUGUAUGGCCACGUAUAUCAACGCCGCCCAUCAGUUCCGCAAUAUCUUCGCUGCCAACGGCUAUCUGUUGAUCAUUCCGACCAUUUGUCGCAUUUAUUCCAACCAUCAGACGAAUGGUCUUCUCUGUCGCACAAUUGAAUUCGUUUGCAAACAGUUUUACAUUCUUCACAGAAAGCCAUUCGUCCUCCAGAUGUUCGGAGCGGUG